AUGUGCUGGAGAUGGACGGGGGGUGCGAGUGGUAUGGGUGUUGCUGGUGGCAUGCAAACACGGGCUGAUGGUGUGGGGCACGUUGAGAUGGACACGGUUGCUGUAGCGGUUGCAAAUGGUGAAGUGAGGGCUGCGGUUGAUGGUGGCAGCAUGGGCUGCAUAGUCCAAGCUAUAAUAAGCACUGGUGAAGUGGUGUGCAGUGAAUGGUGCGCCCGUGGUACUGGGUACUUCCUGCUGGUUGGAACGUGUGCAAAGAGUCGCGCUGGGUUUGCUGUCACUGACUGUUUCCUGCUUCCAACCUCCCCAUUUCUUCCUGCCUUCUGUCCAUUCGUCCACAUCCUCUUCCCAACUGCUCCAUUCUCCUUCCCCUUGCUCCCAUUCGUCGUCCGCGUGCAUCUGAGUCACAUCAGCACUUGUUGGCGUGUACCGGGCGUGUGCGCUUGGCACUGGGGCUUGCUGGAAGUGGGUGGGCAUGGUGUGCGCGCGAGAGGUACACCAUCUGCUGUGGCUGAUGCGGGAGGUGCAGCGAUUACUGCCGGAUGUGAAGGUGCUGGUGCUGGUGUGAUGCUGAAAUUUUCAAAACGGAGAGAACUCAGAAUGCGAGUGCAGCAAAAGGCAAUCAAACCAAACAAAGCGACUUCCUUGGUAGAAUACAUAAGGGACGAGAGACUGAGUCAAAAUCCGAGAGAACAAGAGAACACGAGAAAAAACCAAGCAGACAAGCAGAGUAGGCGAGUCGCGAGCUCUCAUUCUAGUCACAAGGUGGAGAGAGGGCCACACUGGUAG